AUGUCUUCGGUGCCUCCACCUCUUUCUCAACAGCAGGUCCCGCACCCUGGGUGUUUCUUUGACCCAGCAUUCCCCGGUGGUGGCUACCCAACUAACCAACACCCUCCACCGCCGCCGCCGCCGCAGCAGCACCAGCACCAGCACCAGCACCAGCUUCAACAUCAUCAACAACAGUUUCCUUUACAGUUCCAACAACAAUAUUUUGCACGCCAGGCACCUUUCGGGACUCGCGGACCUUCCCAGCAAUACCAGCAACAACAACAACAACAACAACAGCAGCAGCAGCAGCAGCAGCAGCAACAACAACAACAACAACAACAACUGGGUCCACUGGUACCUCCUCCUAUGCCACAAGCUAUACCCUUUUUCAUGCCGGCACAACAACAACAACCUCAUGAUGGGUCUCCUGCAUUUCUUCCUAAACAUCGAGAUGAUCUUUUCCAUAGUCCCCAGCAGUUCCAGCAGCAGCAGCAGCAGCAGCAGCAGCAGCAGCAUCAUCAUCACCAGCAACAGCAUCAGCAUCAGCAUCAACAACAGCAUCAAAUGUAUCUACCACCUUUGCAAAUGGGCCAGCAUCAUAAUUUGAGUCAAAGAGUUGUAUCUCCUGUACGUCAGAAACAACCAUCACCAGCUCCAGUAGCAGUCCAAAAGCAGUCUGUAGUCUCAUCAUCUACAUCAUCUACAAACAACUCCUCGUUUAACCCCCCAAAGCCUACUUCCAUUGCGUUUUCCUAUCAGAUUUCUAUUGUUGACCGUGCUUAUGACCAACUUGCUCGCUCAGGAGGAGGUGGUGGUGGUAUUUUUUAUGGCCACCAAAAUAGACCUCCAAUCGGUUCUACUCAAUCAGGACUUUUAAAUGCCUCUGUAACUGCAACUGCUUCUUCAACUGUUUCUUCAAAUGCAAAUGCUAUGUACGGACUUUCAUCAAGUCAACCUUUGCACCGUCACGCAUCAACUUCAAGUCCAAACUUUGCAACAAGCAUUAACCGUGGAUCUUUCCAUAGAGACCGACAAUCUCCUUCAGGAAAUCAAAAUAGUAAUAUUACACCGGGACCUAAGAAACGGGUCAUGUCUAUGGACUCAUUCGGGUCACAACAACAACAACAACAUUUUGCUCAACAUCCUCAUCCCUCUUUCUUUGGUCUUAAACCUGCAUUCCCUCAACAACAACAACCAUCUCAUCAAGAUUCUUCUUCAUCUUCAUCUUCUUCUCCUCAUCCGGUCCUUCGUACCAGACUUUCAACUCCACUUUUAAGACCAGAUCCACAACAACCUACUCUUUCUGCAAGUUUCCAUGCUGGUAUGGCUGUCCCCCGUGGUCACAGUCCUCUUGGACCUUCUUCUUCUUCUUCUUCUUCUUGCUCUUCAUCACCACCUCCACCAAUAUUCCGUAGAGCUGCUUCUUACUUCUCUUCAGCAACUCCUCCUUCAACUUUAACUAUCGAUAACUCUUCAAUUACUAAACUCUCCCCCUUUGAUGCCCUUCCAUCACUUGCCCCUCCUACUCAAAGUAGAGGCCCUAGUACUAGCCCACUCUUUAGUCCAGUCUCUCCAUCAUCUUCUGCUUUCCCCUUUUCCUUUGCCAAAAGUAACUUUUCUGCAUCUGACCUUUCAUCUCCAGCCCCUUCUUCCUCUUCUCCUUCCCCCUCCUCAUUCCCAGGAAUCUCACUACCUCUUUCUUCUUCUUCUUCUUCUUCUUCUUCUUCUUCAACACAAUCAUAUCCUUCUCCCUUUGUUAUUCGUCCAGGAACUUCUCCAGUCGGCCCUUCAAAAAGUCCCGGCCCAUUUCUUUCAAGAAGUAACUCACUUUCUGCAAAAAAAUCUGUUCGUGUUUCUUCUUUACCUGCUUUCCUACAUGAUCCUUCAUCUUCUUCUUCUAUCUCUUCUUCUUCCACAUCCUCUUCUUCUUCUUCAACAUCUUCAUCUCCUUCUUCAGUCCCUCCCAUGCCUGCAUUCCCUAGCAAAUAUGCAGCAUUUGAAUCUGGAGCUCCAGGAACUCCAUUUGCACGAUUUGGUAAUAAUAACAGUACUGGGAAUUUGACUUUAACUACUACUACCCAAUCUUCCAUGACUGCUACUCCUUCUUCUUCUUCUUCUUCUCCCUCAAAACGGUUAUCAACAUUUGAUGAAGAAUCAUUUGAUUUCGAUGAACAUAAUGCAAUUGCAUUUAUGACAGAUUCAUCCUUUUCAAGUGAUUUAAGUGAUGACGAUGGACUCGCAGAUCUCAAAGAUCAUACAGAAAAUAUGACUUCAACUUCAACUAAAAUUUUAAAGGAUAAUGAUACUACUAACUUUACAUUGGUCUCUCUCACAAGUGCUUCGCUUUCCUCAUCAACAGCAAUCGGUGGACAUACAAAUACCUCUUUAAAUGCUGCUACCACUUUAUUAACUCAACAACAAGGAUCAUCAUCUUCUUCUUCUUCUUCUGCUUCCUCUUCUUCUAAUACUUCUACUUCUACUUCUUCCUCUGCUUCUACUUCUACUUCUUCUUCUUCUUCUUCUUCUUCAACAACAUCAACAGCAGGGCCUACUCCUCUUUUACGCAAACGUUCAUCCUUUUAUCCCUCAUCUGCUUUACCUUUACCUACUACUACAUCAGAUACAAAUUCUUCAUUCCCCUUUUUGCACUCUCACCAUCUUUCAUAUACUCUCCCUCCCUCGCAUCUCCAACAACAACAACAACAACAACAGCAGCUCCUGGUGAGCCGCCCACUGACUGCUGCUGACGAUCCUUCUUCUUCUUCUUCUUCCUUCUCCUCGCUCUCCGACCGGUUCGGAGUCAUUGGCUGUGCUUUUAACACCACCAUGGCGGCUUCUGCGACGACAUCAAAUAUGCAAACCUCAGAAUCUGGAAUGAUGACAGCUCGUACUCAGCCUACAACAACAGCAGCAGCAGCAGCAGCAACAACAAAUACGUCUACAGGAGAUGGCGCAUCAACGGCAACUACGUCAAACAAUAAUCUGCUGGGAUGGUCCAAAGUAUGGGGAAACAAUACUACUUCGACUACGGCCUCUGUUUGGGGGUAA